CCAGGCACUGGGUAGAUGGGCACACAACGCUGGCCGUGGCACCAGUAGUGGCGAGUGUGUGAGUGCGUGCGGAAGGUGGCACCCUGGCGCCGUCUGUUCUCUCCUCCUCCUCCUCUUCAGAACCACCACUCACGCAGCGUGCGCAACUCUCAGCUGCAAGCUCCUGAAGGUCACGGACGUCACGUGACCCUUCAAGAUGUCGCGGGGAAUCUUCAGAUCCGCUCUGGUGACGGGAGUGCUCCUCGCCGCGUCCCUGCUGGUGCUGUACCCCGUCUGCGGUGAAAAUCCCUCUUACUCGGAAUGUAGACCACACAUUGACGCCACAAUCCGGGAUCUCGCGGCUAAGGCCAUCAUCGCGGGAGAAACGCCUUCGGACAAUCUGCAACACACUGACCAUGUGGAAGCAGAGAAGCCCGAGGAGGGUCCAGUCCCGGCCGAGGUCUCUCCCCCCCCUCAACCCGAAGCGCCCAAAGAACCGCCGGCCGUCGUAGAGCCUGAGCCAGUCGAACCGGAACCUGAACCCGAACCACCGAAGCCAGCAGCCGAAGCGCCAGCGCCGCCACCCGCGCCCGCCGCUCCAGCCGUCCCUGAGCCUCCAGUUUCAUCUAACGAAGACGAAGAAGACGAAAAUACAGAUGACGAGGUUGAAGAUGUUGUUAUUAUUAGAGACAGGGAGAGUAAGCUAAAGGAAGGAAGUGAGAAAAGAGGGGAUAAAAAGCGGAAAGACGUAAUCGGGAAAGAUAAGAUAAAGGAAGCAAAGGAAGAAGGAAAAGAUGUCAAGAAUAAGGAAACUGCAAAAGUUACAAAAGAAGAAAAGACGAAAAGCGGAGGUGGAAAAGAAACAAACGAAGAAGAAGUAAGUCAGAAGGACGAGGAAAAGAGAAGGAAGAAGAGUGACGAAACAAAAGAUAUAGAACUGGGCGAUGAAAAAGAUACUGAAGCAGACGAAGAAGAAAAGGAAGGAACUGAUGAUGAAGGAAUAGAGGAGGUUGAUGAAAAGAAAGAAAAGGAAGAGGUGAAGGAGGAAGAAAAGGAAGUUGAGGAAGAUAAAAAGGAAGAAAAGAAAGUAGACGAGGAAGCGGAAGAAGAUGAAGAUGAAGAAGAAAAGAAGGUAGAUAAAGAGGAAGAGAAAGAAUUAGAUGAGGAAGAGGAAGAGAAGGAAAGAGAUGAAGAGGAAGAGGAAGAGAAACAAGAAAACGAAGAAGAAGAGGAAGAAAAGGAAAAGAAGAAAGUAGAGGAAGAGGGAGAGGAGGAAGUAGAUGAAGUGGAAGAGAAAGAGGAAAAACAGGAAGAAAAGGAAAUAGAUGAAAAGGGAGAGAAUGAAGAGGUAGAUGAGGAAGAAGAGAAGGAAGUAGAUGAAGACGAAGAGGAAGAAAAGGAAGUAGACGAAGAUGAAGAUGAAGAGGAAGAGAAGGAAGUAGAUGAAAAGGAAGAAGAAGAGGAGGAAGCAGAUGAAGAGGACGAGGAAGAAAAGGAAGAGAAGGAAAUAGAUGAAGAGAAAGAGGAAGAGGAGGAAGUAGAUGAAGAAGAAGAGGAAGAGGAGGAAGUAGAUGAAGAGGAAGAGAAAGAGGAAGAACGGGAAGAGAAGGAAGUAGAUGAAGACGAGAAGGAAGAAAAGGAAAUAGAUGAAAAGGGAGAGAAUGAAGAGGAAGAAGAAGAGAAGGAAGUAAAUGAAGACGAGGAGGAAGAAAAAGAAGUAGAUGAAGAGGAAGAGGAAGAGAAGGAAGUAGAUGAAAAGGAAGGGGAAGAGGAAGAAGUAGAUGAAGGGGAAGAGGAGGAAGUAGAUGAAGGGGAAGAGGAGGAAGUAGAUGACGAUGAAGAGGAAGAGAAAGAAAAGGAAGUAGACGAAGAGGAAGAGGAAGAGGAGGAAGUAGAUGAAGAUGAAGACGAAGAGGAGGAAGUAGAUGAAGAGGAAGAGGAAGAGGAAGAGGAAGAGGAAGAAGAAGAAGAGGAAGAGGACGACGAGACGAAAGAAGAGGCAGAGAAGGAGGAAAGUGACGUAAGAGAAACAAAAGAGUCAUUGGACAAGACUUCUGAGACGCGGCACAUUGAAGUUCCAGUUUCUGCCCCGGAACCGGCGAAGCCAGUGGAAGUCCAGCCCGCGCCCGUCGCCAGCCCGCCGCCACAGCCCGCCGCCCCCCCUGCCCAGCCUGCCGCCCCUGCACCGCCUCCACCGAAACCAGCUGUUGCAGAACUUGGUGUCAUCGACAAGUUAAUCGACGUACUCUUUGGCAUACCCAAGGGAGAGAGAGAUCCCAAGUGGGCGAAGCCUUGGCAAACGCACCCGGAACAUGCCAAGAAGCCAGUUGAGAAAGCUCCGGAAGUAGAACAGGGACCUGUUGGCCCUUCGGGAGGAAUCAUCGACAAAUUUGUUAAACUGAUCUUCCCGACUGCUCCUGAAACAACAAAGCGUGAUCCCAAGUGGGCCCAACCCUGGCAGACACACCCUGAACACGCCAAAAAGAAGGUAGAAGUAGCAGUAGAACCUAAGGAAGAUAAGCCUGUAGGUCCUUCUGGAGGAAUCAUUGAUAAGUUUGUCAAACUCAUCUUCCAGACUGUCCCUGAAGGCACAGUUCGAGACCCAAAAUGGGCCCAACCCUGGCAGACACACCCUGAACACGCCAAAAAGAAGGUAGAAGUAGCAGAAGAACCUAAGGAAGAUAAACCUAUAGGUCCUUCUGGAGGAAUUAUUGACAAGUUUGUCAAGCUAAUCUUCCAGACUGUGCCUGAAGGAACAGUUAGAGACCCAAAAUGGGCUAAACCCUGGCAGACUCACCCUGAACACGCUAAAAAGGUUGUAGAGGCACCAGUGGAACCCAAGGAAGACAAACCCAUUGGUCCUUCUGGAGGAAUCAUCGAUAAGUUUGUCAAACUUGUUUUCCCAACAGUUCCUGAAGGAACAAAGCGCGACCCAAAAUGGGCUAAGCCUUGGCAGACUCACCCCGAGCACGCGAAAAAAGUAGUGGUGGUCGUAGAACCAGAGGAGAAGGGACCAAUUGGCGCAUCUGGAGGUAUUAUUGACAAAUUUGUGAAGAUGAUUUUCGAAACUGUCCCUGAAGGUUCAAAACGUGACGCUAAGUGGGCCCAGCCAUGGCAGACUCACCCGGAACAUAGAAAAUCUGCUCCUCAACCAGUUGAAGCUCCCAAACCGCCUGUAGCACCUGAACCAGUUGUUGCUCCUAAGCCAGCUCCAGUCCCAGAACCAGCUCCUGUCCCGAAACCAGUCGCUGUUCCUGAACCAGUUGCUGCUCCUGAACCAGUUGCUGCUCCUGAACCAGUCGCUGCUCCUGAACCAGUCGCUGCUCCUGAACCAGUCGCUGCUCCUGAACCAGUCGCUGCUCCUGAACCAGUCGCUGCUCCUGAACCAGUCGCUGCUCCUGAACCAGUCGCUGCUCCUGAACCAGUUGCUGCUCCUGAACCAGUUCCUGAACCAGUAGCUGCUCCAGCACCUAAGCCAGUUGAGCCGGCCCCUGCACCUGCCCCAGAAGUGGUUAAAGCACCGGAACCUGUACCUGAACCUAAACGACCAGUUGAAGAGCCUGUUGUAGAGAAGGCCACGUUUCCCGAGGAGAAAGUGGCAGGUGAGCAAGUCGUAGAUGAGGAAGAAGCGGAUGAGGACGAGGAUGAGGAGGAAGAUGCUGCGGAAAGCGACGAGGAUGACGAAGAGGAUGAGGAUGAGGAGGAUGAGGUAGAUGAGGAUGAGGAUGAAGUAGACGAAGAGGAAGGUGAGGAACAUGAUGAAGAUGAAGAGGAAGAAGUUGAAGCAGAAGAUGAAGAGGAUGAGGAUGAAGAAGUUGAAGAAGAUGAAGAUGAAGAUGAAGUUGACGAGGAAGGUGCAGAUGAGAGCGAAGAUGAAGACGAAGAGGUUGACGAGGAAGAUGCAGAUGAAGACGAAAGCGAAGACGAAGACGAAGUUGUUGGCAAAGACGAGGAUGAAGAUGAAGAUGAGGAAGAAGAGAAAGAGGAGACAGCUGGAGAAGUUGAUGAGGAGGAGGAAGCAGAAACUGACGAAGAUGAAGAUGAGGAAGAUGAAGAUGAGGAAGAGGUAGACGAAGAUGAAGAAGAAGAAGAAGAAGAAGAGGUAGAUGAAGAUGAAGAUGUAGACGAUGAGGACGAAGAAGACGAGGACGAAGAAGAGGAAGUAGCUUCAAAGGAUGUAGACGAAGAAGACGAAGACGAAGAUGAAGAAGAAGAAUUAGAGAAAAAAGUCGAAAAACAUGAUAAAAGAGACGAAGAUAAAGACGAAGGAAUCGAAGAGGAACUCGAUGAAGAUGAAGAUGAAGAAUCAGACGACGACGACGACGACGACGACGAAGCCAAAGUCGCAGAACCGGCUGACGAAGGGACUGAUGAUGAAGGUUACGCUGAAGAUGGCGAUGCUGACGAAGAUGAAGAUUCAGGUGAUGAGAAAGAGGAUGGGGAUGUGGAGACAAUUGGGGAGGUGGAGGAACGCGCAGCAGACGCAGGAGUCCCGAGCACCUCAGAGCCUGAAGUUCCAAGUGAGCCUGCAAAGGAAGCCCCAGCUGAUAGUAAACCGCUGGCUGAUGCCCCCGAAGCCCCCGCGAAGCCGGUAUUGGCAGAAGAGACUAAAGAAGAGGCGCCACAGGAGGAGGAGGAGCAGGUAGUGGUCGUCCCCUCUGCCUUCCGCUCCCGCGACCACCUCGAGGCCAUCCUGGGCCUGGACGAGACCUCGAGGGACACGGCGGCGCGCACCGACCCCAUCGCCGUGGCCACGCUCAAGGACCUCAAGAAGAUCUACGAGGCGGCCAUCAAGCCCCUCGAAGGCCUCUACAAGUACCAGGACAUCUCCAACCGCCACGUGUCCGACGCCGAGCUCUUCGGCACGCCGCUCGUCCUUCUCUUGGGCCCCUACUCCACCGGGAAGUCCACCUUCAUCAACUACCUCACAGGCGUCGAGUACACCAAGCGCGCCCUCAAGACAGGGACGCCGCCUAGCCACGGUGUGUUCCGCAUCAUCCAGUAUGGUGAGAAGGACGGAGAGCUCGACGGCACCGACCUGAGCGCCCACUGGUCCUUCACGUCACUGCAGAAGUUUGGACAAAAUUUCAUCGACCAGAUUCAGGGGAAAGCCUUGAGUAGCCCUCUGCUGAAGAAGGUGACCUUCGUGGAAGCUCCUGGCAUUCUCGAGAUGAGACGGCCCGGCGAGCGCCUGUACCCCUACAACGACGUCGUCCAGUGGUUCAUCGACCGCGCUGACCUCAUCCUCGUCAUGUUCGACUACACGAAACUCGACGCCGGCUACGAGAUGGAGGCCAUCCUCGACCAGCUCAAGGGGCGCGAAGCUCAGACACGCAUCCUGCUAAACAAGGCGGACCAGGUGCCGCCCGAGGAGUUGAUCAAGGUCCAGGGCAGCCUCUUCUGGAACCUCAGCCCCCUCCUGGGCGUCUCCACCCCGCCCACCGUCUACGCCGGCUCCUUCGCCUCCAGGCCCUACCGCCCCGCCUCGCCCGCCAAGCUCUUCGAGGCUCAGGAGGAGGCUUUGCUCCACGACAUCGCUCAGGCCAUCAACAACCGCGUGGACAACCGCAUCGCCAUCGCCCGCAGGCACGCGGUUCGUGUGAGGAACCACGCGCAAAUGGUGGACACGUACCUGACCACCUUCUACAUGAACAAGGGCUUCCUCACCAGCAAGCACAAGCUGGCCGAGGACAUCAUCGAGAACCCACACAACUACAACAUCUACGAGGGCAUGAGUCUCCUCACCAACAUCUCUCGCUACGAUCUGCCCGACCCCGAGGUGUACAGGGACUUCUUUAGGGUCCACAACCUGUACGACUUCCAGAGGCUGAAGGACACAUGCUCCUACUUCCGAGGCUGCCCGCUCGCCAAGAUCGACGGCGCCAUCAGCCACGACCUGCCGGAGCUGCUGGACCGCCACCGCCGCCUGACCGAGGCUGCCCAGGGCGGUGCGGGAGGCAAGCCUGCCCCCGUGCCCACUCCAGGAGUCCGAGGUGCGGUGCCCCCCGCUGCCCAUGUCCGGACGUCAUGAGCAGCUCCUCCCUGACGCCCCCGCUGCCUGCGCGUGCCUCAUUAGGCCUGAGGGGGUCAGCACAUGACCAAAGUGUGAUAUUCAAACUGGAGAUGCGACUGCCCACCGAGCCGCCAUGACCCAGCUGAUGUGCAAGGGCGGCCGGGCGGGAGUAGGGCGGAGUCAUCUCAGGUCACGCCCCCGCCGUACCCCCGCGACACUGAUUCUUGAGAAGUAGCAAAAGCUGCUACUUUAACACCUGUAUCAACUUUCCCUACUGGAGACUGCCAUGCUGCUGGCUUUAGUCCUGGUGGAGGCGAGAUCCCCGGGGCGAGGCUGGCAGCGAACCCCUGCAUUCCCAUACAACCAUGGUCCACACAGCUCAGCGAUACUUCAUAUGUCUUGUUCUUCACACCGUUCUUGUAUGUCUCUGCCUUUCACCUCGCUUAACAGCAUGACCUCAGAUGACCUGCCAUGGGGGUGUAGGGGAGCCACGUGAGGCGCCUCAACUCUCGCUAUUGACCUUGUCGUGUGGCUGCUGAGCCCCUGGAUGAUGCUCAGAGUAGAGUUCAGGCGCCUCUUACUGUAUUAUGCUCAUAUGGAGACACACUUUACCACGACGCACCGCAAAUGUAUAGGAAACAACUCAAGAUUCCUCCUCAUCGUGUAGAGUCUUAGAGCAUUCCACUUGCGUAGCUGGUCUGACUGCUGUGCUACGACUUACGCAGAAGUUUGUAAAAAGAAAUUGUCGACUAUGUUUCACUCAACUUGACGCUGGUGUCGUUGGCCCCCAAAGUUAUCGCAAGAAGGAUAGUAAAGGAACUCCUCCGUGUUUACAUAUCCCUAGUUUUUCCUUGCUCUUGAGAUAACCAUUCUCUUGUCGUGAUUUUCGACAGUGGGGGAAAUCCACAUGAUAAGUGGAAGGCGACAUUAUGCAAAAGAAUGUCGCCAUUUUCCACCCUGUUGCCUCAAGAACAUAACUUUGACAGGCAGGCCACGACGCCAGGCUGGAGACGCUAAACACAAUUUAAACUUAAGGAUUUUCUUUUUUAUAUAAACGGAUGAGUACAAUCUAGUCAGUUUGAUGUUUUAUAAUUGCCAAGGGAGAAUGUCAGUCACUCGACGCUUCUCCGUGUAAGAUGCCUAUGGAUUAUAAUAACGGCUUUCAAGCGUAUCGGUCGCAGAACCAGAGAUGCUUCUAGCGGUUCGCAAUGUAGAGCUGCUCUCUGGUCGGACGGUUCUAUGGUCCUACGGCUCCAUAGGAUCCGCCGAAAGCUCCGUGUACUUGCGAAGCAGCUGCACUUCAUGAAAAGUGAUGGUUGAUUUUCUUUUGUUUACGCUUGCUUGGCUUUCACAAGUAUGGAAGUUCUGAUGUGCACCCACGGCCGUGUUCGAAACCCGGACAGAGCCAACCCACAGGACUUAGUUUUGGAGUGAUGUAUCAGCUCACAUCAAGGAUUUCAGGGUUAAAACUUUUGCUUUUUAGAAAUGGUUGCAGCUUUUUUAAGCGCGCUCUCUCUUCUUUGGAAUGGCACACUUUUAUUUCUGAGUGCAUUUUGUUUUGUAAAAAUAAAGGAAUGUAUAUUAAUGCAGAGUUCCCUGUUACGCGUAUGUAGUUGUGUUUAUACGUGUAGAUAAUAUAUUGGAUCUUAGAUAAUAUUGUUAACUACAGUUACAAAGCGUUUUAGAUGCACGUGAUAAGUGACAUAGAGUGGGAACAUGAAGUAGUUAGCCAGUUAUCUUGUUAUCUCCAGUCUAAUAGGGUUAAAACAUUGACGAACAAUUCAAAUAUUUUUAUUAUGUUAUGUCUGUUGAAAAUCGUUUCAUUUUGAUCCUGGUAACAAGGUAUUCUUUUAGUAAUGUAUCGACGAUAGCAUCUGUGAUUGGAUAACUUUGUAUAUGUUGAUUACUGUCAUAGGCGUCCUUAUGUAACCCUAUGUAAUAACAGGCAAACGUAGGGAGUGUUUUAAUAAACAUGUGAAAGUUU